CUCUGCCACUUUCUUUUGGCUACCAAACAUUGCCCAAGAUUCAGACACUUCCCCUAUUCUUGAUAAGCUCCACAGAAGAACAGAAAGGUCGCGUCCAUGGCGAAGAGAACUUCGGCCUCCUCUUCUUCAGGUCAACGAAGUCAACCCAAGAGGCCACGCUUCGCUCCAGCCGAUCAACCACGGAGCGGAUCCAAGAGGAAUCUCGAGCCGGGGAGCUGCUUGACGGAGGAGGAUGCCCAGAGAGUGUGCGGAGAAGAGCCAGCACCUACAAAAUCUCACUCAGCCGAAUAUUGUCAAAGUAGUACAGGGAAUGCUCUCAAAGAUAUAAUGCACAGGAUUCAUUCAAUGGAGAAUUCUUUACAGAAACUGAAGGAACUGGUGGAGCUUGCAAUUAUUCACUCUCCCCACCUUGUAAGGGUUGGUGCUAGAUCUAUAGGAAAAAAUGAUGUGAGGAAUUUACAGCUUCAAUUUCAAACCAAACUGUCAGAUCCUGUGUUUACUGGAAGGAAACUACGAGGAGUUGGGGGUGCUCGCAUUUCUGUUGCAUUGAUCGAUGCGAAUACAGGGGAUGUUGUUACAUCAGGUCUGGAAUCCUCCAUUAAGUUGGAAGUCGUCGUGCUUGAAGGUGACUUCAACAAAGAUGAUGAGGAUGACUGGGCUCAUGAAGAGUUCGAGAACUUCGUGGUUAAAGAGCGUCAACAAAAGGGGCUGCUUUUGACGGGAGAUCUGCAAGUGACGCUCAAUGCAGGUGUUGGGGAGCUGGGAGAACUGACAUUUACUGACAAUUCUAGCUGGAAUAGGAGUAAAAGAUUUAGGAUAGGGCUUAAGAAGGGAUCCGGUUAUUGUGGGAAUACGCGAAUCAGAGAAGCCAAAACAGAUGCCUUCCGUGUCAAAGAACAUAGAGGAGAAUCAUCCAAGAAACAUGAUAUACCUGCAUUCGAGGAUGAGAUCUGGAGGUUGAAGAUGAUUGCCAAGGAUGGGAAAUAUCACCGAAAACUGAGUGAAGUCGGAAUACAUAAAGUGGGGGACUUUCUCCUUCAAUUGUUUACGGAUGCCAUGAAACUGAAAGAGAUUCUUGGAAUGAGCACGAAUUCGACAAACUGGGAUACCCUUGAAAAUCAUGCAAAGACUUGCAAGAUAAAUUGGAAACUUUAUUUGUACUACACUGAUGGCACGAGGAAGCAUGGUGCUGUAUUCAACACUGAUCAUCAGCUAAUUGGCCUAAUCAAAGAUAGAGUAUAUUGUGCUUCUGAUGGACUUUCUGCCGAUGAUCUGGAACAUGGAGAUACAAUCGUGAAAAAGGCCCUUGGUAACAAGAAUGAUGUUAUGCAGUUCAACGGUGAGACCUUUUCUCCUUCAAUGCAAAAGGAGAGCUCGAGCUCCAUUCCAUGUAAAGUAUUUGAAGGACAAAUUGAAAAUCUCACCCCUGUUCAAAGUAAUUUAGCUCCAAGAGACUGGGCUGCUGCAGGUGGUUCGGAAGCUCCUCUGGCAAAUGUGGGCUUGACUGCUGAAGGUACGUGCUCUAAAGCACAAUAUUUUCUCUUCCUCUAAGCACAUACAAAGAUGUGGCCAGGGAAAUAGCGAUGAAUAUAGGACUUUCCACUGGAUUGUUGAGCUUUGAUAAAUUAAACCAAUGCGUUCCAGAUCAUUAUGAUUUGGGUUCCACAUAACCUGAAAAGUUAAUUUGUCCAGCAACCCUUCAAAUGAACUUUCAUCCAAGGAAAUUUUACUAAAUUUUCUCCCUCUUUGGCACUGACAUAGAAGCUAUACGUAAAGGAUUCCCAUUUGCAAGUUAGGCUUCAGUUUGUCACUAGAUGCAACCGAAAAUGCUUAGAAAUAGUUUUUACCAAUGAUGAACAACCAAGAAGAGGAGAUUAUUACCAGUUACUACCAAAAGCAGUAAUUUAUCAGGGUUCAAUUUAAGAGGUGCGACUUCAAUUUGGACAUGAAAGAUUCAAGAGUUG